GAAAGCACUGGCCUGAUGGUGUCGCCUUACGCUGGGUAUAUAAGUCCGCGAGGGACUCAACAGGCCAGUGUGUGUAGGAUUUUCUAGAGGUAUAUACGGUCAAGAGGAACUAGGCGCUUUACUGCGGAGGGGAGGAAACUUAACAUCUCUUGUUCCGCAUCUGUAUUAUGACAUAACGUUUCUCGGCGAAUAUUGUGUGUAGUGUAGGUGAAAUAUAAUUUCAACUCGACUACAUCAGCUAGAAGAAAACAAAGUGUGGUUACGUACACAACAUCACAGGAAGAAAUACAUACGUUGCCCUAACCUAUCAUACAAAGAUGAUGCUGCGAACGUUCACAGUACUUACUUGCUGUCUGGUAGCUGCUGCCUUCACGCUGCCAUUGAAAACGGACAGUAAAGACCUAACGUCAUCACGACAAAAGCGAUCGAGAUUUGGUGUUUGGGAUCCGUACGGACACAGGAAGAGAUCGAGGGUAGACUUUUUUGACAAACACGAUUUUAAUUUUGAUGGAUUUUUGGAUAAAUUAGAACUCUCACUCAUGUAUCUAGCGAAUGGUGCGUCUUGGGACGAAGCGUUGAUGUUCGGAGAGCAACAAUUACGUCACGAUCUCGACCAUAACGGAGUAUUAGACAGAUGGGAAUUUCUCCGAGAUAAUGACCUGAUGCCCUAUUGGCCGUAUUGAGGACAUACCCCCAUGAGAUAGCAAAACGCUGAAACUGUGGAAGCAGAAUCAGGAUAUGUCGUCUGCACGUGAUACCAGCAGUCUCCAUGGAAACGCAAGGGUUCAUGUGUUUGACCUCGUAAAAAAGGAGACAGAACUUGCCAACGUGAAACUGAAAAGUCUUCUUCGCGAAUUUUUGAGGAAAAAUACAAAAAAAGCAACAAAAAAAAAGGAAAUCACAAAUAUUUUCCAUGAAGAAUUUUCCAAACUAUGGAGAAUACUGAAUGACAUGUCAAUUGAUGUUUAUUUUAUUGAUUUCUAGUGCUAAAUAGGUAUUAUGUUGGUUACCGUUUUGGGUCCAGUUGUGCUAAGUUUUGUUAGCUUGAUGUGAAAAAUAAUUAUUUGUUGCAAUUCAUGGAUUUUUUCGAUCAUAUAUAUGUCUUCAUAUAAACAAAUCAUUUUGAAUCGUUGAGCAUAUAUUUCUGUUUACUGAAAAGUAAAUAAAACAAAAAGUUGAAAACUAUCGCAUUCAGCUGACCAAGCUUUAACAACUGGGCCAUGGUGUCGAUAAACAAAGUGCCUAUACGAAGACCGACUACUUCCGGUCUUCCGAAUGAACUUCCGCUUUUUUAUUUCUUCCUUGAUGAUAGAUUCAAUAUGAAACUCGCGAGCGGCACACUGUUCGAGUGAUGCUAUUCCAAUCAAGGAGAAUAAAACACCUGUUUAGUUAUUUCUACAAUCAGCAGGAAAUACUUCGAUAUUAAUUAUAAUUGCAGUAUAAUUAACGUCGCUCGCGUCUCUAUGUUGAACAAAAACUUCACUUUAAAGAAAAAGCUAUUCUAUACGAUAGAUAUCUUAACCGUCGUAAUAAAACUAAUUCCAGGUUUUAAGAGUAGAUGUAAAUUUGUGUGCGUGGGAGGUCUUGAGUACAUUACAUAUUUUAUUCAUGUAGGUGUUCAUUUUACAUUUAACAUAGAGAGAUGUUUUUCUUUUUUUCAUUAUUUUAUUUUCAUUAUUAUUUCAGAGAAUACAUUUUGUAUAUAAUUUGUUAGAUAUUGACAAAUCAAAAGAUGUGUAUUAUUUAACCAAAGAUAAUUAUUUAUUUUGUGUUGUAAUUAUUAUAUGAAAAUAGAUGUUAUAUCAGUAUGACAUACUUACGGUGAGGCGUGUAAAAGGGUUGCUCUGACUGGAUAAUCAUAAUGCCACUGUCGUUAUGAUAGAUGUAAAGAAUCGUGCAAAAUCCUUUAUCGAAAAUAAAUAAAUCGGUUUUCAUUGGUCGUUACUUUUUUUCAAGAGAAAACUAAAUCUGAAGCGAAAGUCAAACUUCCUUAAAAUAAAAUGUGCAAAUUUAAAAAAACGAACGUUGUGUUUGUUACAUGUAUCACUUUAUAUCGAAAAUUCACAAAUUUGCUCCAUGUGUUGAAUUCAUUGAAUAAAACACAUAGUGUUUUAUGUUAUUAAAAAGAGGAAUAGAUUAUCAAACUCGUCGAGUUUUAAACAUGAACUUUCAAUGCAUAAGAUCUCCGGCGUUGGUAUUGUGAUAUAUAUAUGUGAAUUCGUUAUAAACGAUUAUAUAUAUAUUUACAAUAUAACUGAUAACUAUAUAAAGAAUAGCUCAAAGGCAAGUCGUCAAACACGUAAUGCAGAAGUUACAUAUCGUUUAUUUGAAGCGCGUCCUUAAUGGGAGAUUCAGCUAUAGUUAUAUUUGUAAUAGUAUCUUUAAAAUGGCAUAUAUGAUCAGCAAGGCACGGGAGGCUGAAUCAUAAAAGGAUGUGUGUAUUUCCCGCCAUAUUAUCAUUAUCAAUAUUCAGACUUACAAGUAAUAAACAAUCCAAGUGAAAUUCAAUUCGACAAGGAAACAGAACCAAAGGUUUCAGCACAGAGAAGAAAUAAACUCAUAAUUUUAAGUAUACGAGUAUCAUAUAUAUUUAUUAUCGAAUUAUUCGUCAUUCCUACGGAAAUAGGCGAAAAAGGCCGAUUCUUUAUUCGAAAAUUGACGGAAACUUCCGAAUCGUCAUGGGCAGAUAACUCUGUAUUCACACUGAACUUGCUGACUGAAAAAAGCGUGAAAGUGAAUGUUCAUGUACAUUGUGGAAAGCCGAAUAUGAAUGCGUUUUGAAAGAGGUCGAUAUAUUUACUAUUUUGGUUUUUUUGUGUUUGUACUCACCUGAAAUUAUAUUCAACAAAAUAUCGCCUUUCCAUGAAUUUUAGUUGUAUCUUUUUUUCACAAUUCAAUCUGUUGGUUUAAUUUGUUAUAUUUCUUUUAUGAAAAGUUGAGUGUUACUAGAUGAUGAAAUCGUUACAAUUAAAUAUUUUCGGAAAAAAAA